GUGCCUAUCUUAAAAUUGUAUCCGCCCAAGAACUCGUUUCUCCCCAGCAGUUUAAAUUACAGAAUAUUUGGGUGCUGUCCACAUCUGAUUUUAACAGUCUCCACCCGUCCCAGUCCGUUUUUCUCUAUAGCUUUAGAAAUAAUCCGAAUCAGCUCUUCUCCCAGCUAUUUUGAUAAGGAUUCCCACAUGACUGGGGAGACAAAGGCUGCUUGCUCUUCGCUGGAAGUAACGAUUUCUAACAACUUUUAGCAUAUGCUGCCAUAAGGAAUUCAAACCCCGUUGUUAGAACCUUCGUUGGUUUUCGUCUUUCUUGGCGCUGCCCUCUAUUUUCAGGUAGACAUGGGCAGGUAAGCAUGUUUCGAAACUCAAAAAGGAAAAAUGAAACACUAUUUGAAACUUUAGAGUUGAGAGUUAAAGUAUCAAAGUAUGAAUGUAUGUUUUAUUUCAUUCCAUUGAAUUCAACAAUUAAAAUAACGCUUUAAACUUAUUUUUAGAAAUCACAUACUUCUGAAAUGGUUGUUUUUUUUUUUAUUUGGUAGAUGCUGUCUAUAUGUUUUGCCGGGAAAAAAAAAUCCUGGGAAUAAGUCUUCCAAAGCAAAGAAAUAAAAGUUUCACAUCUUCUCCAGGUGAGAAGGUGUUCCAGAUUAAAAUCUCGGCACCAGAUGAGCAGUUCACUAGAGUUGGAGUCCAGGUUUUAGACCGAAAGGAUGGGUCCUUCAUAGUAAGAUACAGAAUGUAUGCAAGCUACAAAAAUCUGAAGGUAGAAGUUAAAUUCCAAGGUCAACAUGUUGCCAAAUCUCCAUAUAUUUUGAAAGGGCCAGUUUACCACGAGAACUGUGACUGUGCUGUGGAGGAUACCGCCUGGCUUCAGGAGAUGAACUGCCCAGAAACCAUCGCUCAGAUCCAGAGGGAUCUGGCUCAGUUCCCUGCUGUUGAUCCAGAAAAGAUUGCAGCAGAAAUCCCAAAAAGAUUUGGACAAAGACAGAGCUUGUGUCAUUAUACCUUGAAGGAUAACAAGGUUUAUAUCAAGACUCACGGUGAACAUGUAGGUUUUAGAAUUUUCAUGGAUGCCAUACUACUUUCUUUGACUAGAAAAGUGAAGAUGCCAGAUGUGGAGUUUUUUGUUAACUUGGGAGACUGGCCUCUGGAAAAAAAGAAAUCCAAUUCGCACAUCCAUCCAAUCUUUUCCUGGUGUGGCUCCACAGAUUCUAAGGAUAUUGUGAUGCCUACCUACGACUUGACUGACUCUGUUCUAGAAACCAUGGGCCGAGUAAGUCUGGAUAUGAUGUCUGUGCAAGCCAACACGGGCCCUCCCUGGGAAAGCAAAAACUCUACCGCCGUCUGGAGAGGGCGAGACAGCCGCAAAGAGAGACUUGAGCUGGUUAAACUCAGCAGGAAGCACCCAGAACUCAUAGACGCUGCCUUCACCAAUUUUUUCUUCUUUAAACACGACGAGAGCCUGUAUGGUCCCAUUGUGAAACAUAUUUCGUUUUUUGAUUUCUUCAAGCAUAAGUACCAAAUAAACAUCGACGGCACUGUCGCAGCGUAUCGCCUGCCGUAUCUCCUAGUUGGUGACAGUGUUGUGCUGAAGCAGGACUCCAUCUACUAUGAACACUUUUACAAUGAGCUGCAGCCCUGGAAACACUACAUUCCAGUUAAGAGCAACCUGAGUGAUCUCCUAGAAAAACUUAAAUGGGCAAAAGAUCAUGAUGAAGAGGCAAAGAAGAUAGCAAAAGCAGGACAAGAAUUUGCCAGGAAUAAUCUCAUGGGUGAUGACAUAUUCUGCUAUUAUUUCAAACUUUUCCAGGAAUAUGCCAAUUUACAAGUGAGUGAGCCCAAAAUCCGAGAGGGCAUGAAGAGAGUAGAAGCACAGACGGAGGAUGACCUCUUUCCGUGCACGUGCCACAGGAGAAAGACCAAAGAUGAACUCUGAUAAGCAAAAUACCUUACCUUCAAAUAAUGGUGCUCUGAAGACUCUUCUUAACUGAAAAGAAGAAUGUUUUUUGAAUAUUUCCAUGGACAAUAUAAAAUCUGCUAUGUGAUUGGAUAUGAAGAUAUGUUUCUCAUUAUGCAGUAUUCCUAUGACUAUUCUUUAAAGCACAUUUUUAGACUUUUAUAAUAAAACCGCUUUUAUUUUAAA